UUAGAGCCAUGGCCGGAGGGACCCCCGCGCAGGUGCCAGUGGUCUUUGGGGACGUGGCAAUCUGCUUCUCGGCCGAGGAAUGGGCAGCACUGGCCGGAUGGCAGAAGGACCUCUAUCGCGACGUCAUGGCCGAGAACUUCCAGCUGGUCUCCUCGCUGGAAUGCUUGCUGGCCAUCCCUGAACUGCUAUCCCAGCUGGCACGAGGGGAGGUGCCCCAGAUCGAUGCUGGGCCACCCCCAGUGCAGGACGGGGAGUGUCCAGUUGUGAAACCGGAGCAGGAGGCGAAAGCACCAAGGAGUUGCAAGGGCCUCCCGAGCAGGCGAAGAAGCCUCGCGCCCCCCUUCCCUCCACACCCGGAAAGAAGCCCAAACGGCCAGUUUCGCAAGCCGGAGGAAAGGCGCCCCCUGUGGGCGAAAGGCAGGUGACCCCGGAGCAGACAGACAGCCCUCGG